GUUUGCUUGUUUAUUUAACAAGCUAGUAACGACGAGUUUUGCCGCCGUUUCCUCUCAGCCAACUUCAAAUCUAAAUUUGAAAUGAACGAAUCAGAAGCUGUCGUAUCUGGAUGGACCAACGCAAACCUCCAGAAGCUUCUCGCAUCAAUGAAAGACUGCAUCCCAGAGGGGGAGAAAACAACCAGUUUUUUUAAAGGAAUGAAGUCUCUAGACUGGGAUAAAAUUUCUUUCCCUCCCUUUUCUCCAGAGGAAUGCAAGCAAAAGUGGACAGACAUAAUUGAAAAGAUGCGCAAGAUGCGCAGUAUCACAGAGCUCAUUGCUGAAGCUGAAGAGGUCAUUUUAGAUCCUCUACACAACGAAAAGAUCCAUCCAGAGAUUCCAAAAAGACCAGUGGCACCCACAUCUUCCUAUAUAAUGGAAAACUAUCGCAAAAACAAGAAGUAUCAAGAAAUGGAUCAGAAAGAUAUUUUCAAGUUAUUACAGAAGUUUAACCAGCUUCCACAUAAAAAGAGGAUGGUGUAUAAAGAGAAGUACGCCUGUGAAAUUAAAGGGUACAAGCAAAAGUUGCAAGCCUUUAGCAAAAACCAAAUGCGUGCUAUUCAGAAGCAAUACGACGAGAGUGAAGAUGAUCUGCCCACCAAGCCCCCUUACAAUGGCUACGGCGUGUUCUGUCUGGACUGUAAAUCUUCUGGGGAGACAUUAAAAUGUGGAGCAAUGGGUCUGUCUCUUCAGUGGAGAAGCUUGAGUAAAUCAGAACGGGCUGAAUAUAACAAGCGCUGGAUAGAACUUAAGGAACAGUACUCCGAGAAGCUGCACAAGUAUCUGGAUAGGUUUAAUGCUAAGGAGCAGCUGCAGAUCAUUAAGGACAACAACAUCAAAAUGCACAAUGUUAAGUUAAAAAAUAAAGCACCUGUACAAGAGAAACGACCCAGUGAGCCCAAGAUGCCGUCUCAAGUUCCAUAUUCAUAUUUUUUUGGUGAGCAGGUGAGACUUCUUAAGGACGAAAUCCCAAACCUAAAGGCACGUCACGCAGCGAUCCAUAAACUUUGGAAGAAUCUUCCUACGAAGAAACAAGAAAGUUACAAAAGCAAAGUGAAUGUGAAGUUAAUCAAAUACGCUGCAGAGCUGAAAAACUGGUCCGAGACACUGCAGCCGGUAGAGAAGCUGAAGUAUUUAAAAGAAAACCCUUCUAAAGCUCGGUACAUUGAUGGCAUUACAGUGUGUGACGGCAAAGAACAGCGGUGGCACCCAACCUCGGACUCCGAAGAUGAAGACAUGAGCGUCAGUGAUGAAGAGGACAUUUCACAUAACAGCAUGAAGGAGGAGGAAGAAGAAGAAGAAGAGGAAGACAUCAUCACAUUUGAGAUAGAUUAGAUGAGAUGACUGUUAUAUUUUGUACUUUAUCUCAAAGACAAGUAUCACUUCGUCA